AUAUUAUUAUUGAUGAUAUUUUAUUUUCCUUAAAAAUCGCAGAUAAGCUUGGUUGGACACUAUCACCGAUUCCUCAUCACCUGUAACAUACUUCAAAAGAUUCAACCACAACAACCAACAAAUUGAAAAGGGUUUUCAUCAUCUUCACAACAGCUAAUCAUUUCCCUUCAGAUUCCAACAUUUCAGGACCCGGUAAGUUCCUUAAAAAACCGUAUUCUCGGGUCAAAAAUCGCCAAAUCAGUACUGAUUCUAUGUUAAUAUCCACAAUUUCAUGGCAAAAUUGAACACCAUGUCUAUAAAAAUGUCUGAUUUCCCUGUUAAUUUGAACAAUGGAUCCUUAAUUAGUCAUGAAAUCUCCAGACUUAGAUAUAUCCCCACCAGGUGUUCGAUGAAAUGCCGAACUCAGUCGUAUAUGUUAUGUGAUCGAAACCGGGGUUCGGGUUUGUUUCCUGUAGUUAGUGUACAAUCUUAUAACAGGUUGGUAUGUGUUAGAUCGGUUAAAAAUGAAAAUGGGAACAAAGAAAACAAUUUGAGGAACAGGGAGACUAGUUUUUUCAGAAGGGGAUUUAAGCUUAGAUUGCAGCCACGGUUGCGAUUAAUGGGUUCGAAAUUGAAAAGGGUAUCGGUUCGUUCGAUGUUAAAUGAACUGGGAGAUUAUCUGCGCAAAAAUAUGCGAAAAGUGACUUUAUACACUUCAGUUUCUGUUGUGUUAGGAUUGUGUUAUUUGUUCUUGAAGUUGACAGCGGUUCCGUCUCCUAAAAUUGUUCCAUACUCGGAUUUGAUCACAAAUCUGCAUAGCGGGUCGGUAAUGAAAGUUUUGUUUGAGGAGGGAUCACGACGGAUAUACUACAAUACCGAAUCUUUCGGUAAAGAAAACACGCAAAAGCAAGAAAGUAACGUGGGGAUUAACGAUGAUGUUGUGAAGGAUACUCAGAUUACGGGGUCGAACGCGGUGCAGAAAUUGACGAAAACAAAGACUUCGACGCCCGAAUGGCAGUUCUCUACGCGAAAGAUCGAUCACGACGAGAGCUAUCUACUCGGUUUGAUGAGAGAGAAAGGAAUUACGUAUAGUUCAUCUCCGCAAUCAGUGUUGAUGUCAAUGAGAAAUACGCUGAUUACCAUUUUGUCACUUUGGAUUCCGUUAACUCCGUUGAUGUGGCUUCUGUACCGCCAGCUUUCUGCCGCUAAUAGCCCUGCAAAGAAACGUCGGCCGAGCAAUCAAGUAGUUAAUUUCGAAGACGUAGAGGGUGUCGACACAGCAAAAGUCGAGCUUAUGGAGAUCGUGUUGUGCCUCAAAGGUUCUAUCAACUACAACAAGCUAGGAGCGAAGUUACCUAGAGGAGUGUUGCUAGUGGGCCCACCCGGGACCGGGAAAACGCUAUUAGCGCGUGCGGUGGCUGGAGAAGCCGGGGUACCGUUUUUCACUGUCUCGGCUAGUGAAUUUGUGGAGAUGUUUGUUGGAAGAGGAGCGGCGCGUAUUAGGGACCUUUUUAGCGUUGCAAGAAAGAACGCGCCGUCAAUCAUUUUUAUUGAUGAACUCGAUGCUGUCGGGGGUAAACGUGGUCGAAGUUUUAACGAUGAAAGAGACCAAACACUAAAUCAGCUACUGACAGAAAUGGAUGGGUUCGAGUCGGAUGUAAAUGUGAUAGUUAUAGCAGCAACCAACCGGCCCGAAGCAUUGGACCCGGCUCUUUGUCGGCCCGGUCGGUUUUCAAGGAAAGUGUAUGUGGGAGAACCGGAUGAAAAUGGUAGAAGAAAGAUCUUAGCCGUCCAUCUUAGAGGAAUCCCUCUUGAAGAAGACACUGCUAUUAUUUGCAACUUGGUUGCUUCUCUUACUCAAGGUUUUGUCGGUGCUGAUCUCGCCAACAUUGUCAAUGAAGCCGCUUUACUUGCCGCUAGACGAGGUGGUGAGUGUGUGGCAAGAGAAGAUAUCAUGGAAGCAAUAGAAAGAGCAAAAUUUGGGAUAAAUGAUAGACAAAUGAGUCCUUCAAACUUAACCAAAGAAUUAGGAAAAAUGUUCCCAUGGAUGCCAACUUUUAAGUCAAGGAAUGAUGGGUCUCCUUCUCUUGGUGGUUACCAAACUUUGAGUUGAGGGUAUUUUCGUCAUUUUGAUUUCGUUUAAACUUUUUUUUUUCUUAUGCAGCUUCUUUCGGACAUUACUGCCAUUAGUUGGUUGAGGGUAUUUUUGUCAUUUCCAAUAAUAGGAUUUUUUAACUGUAUUUUUGUUGUAAAAAAGCCUAUUGACUUUUGGAGAUCCAA